AUGCUCUACGAAAGUGAUGGGAUCUUUGAUAAAUUUUUGUGCUCGUGGUCGGAAGACGAUCGGUAAGUCGCCAUAUUCACACCAUUCCCCCCCCCCCUGUUCCACUGUUUCUCUCGACCCGCCGGUUAUAUUCGCUGUAGGACUCGCGAGUGUCGGGCGAAACUUUCGACUUCCCUAUAGCCUCGCCCCCAUCGGUUGGGGUGCAUUCUUGGAGCUGUACACAUUUGGUCAUAGUAGUUUCGGUAUAUUUUUACGAUUGAGCUUACGUCCUCUGUUUCCUACGUCGUCUUCCUUUCCUCGUUUUUGCUCCCCUGCGAGAGACACUAAGCCCUGCCAACUUCGUUUCUGUCUCUAAGUCAGCUGUCGCAUAUCGCAAGCGGAAUCAUUUUAUCGUGGGUUGAACGUCCACCGGUCAGAUUGCGCCUCGAGGCUCGAUCUGAAGCCCCGGCGGGCAGUUGUCACAAAGCGAUUAGCAGCGAUGCAGCAGGAAUACAGACAAAGCUCGAGGAGAUUCGAAUGACCGUUUCUGGCUUGCACCGACCGUCGUCAGCUAACCAUACCCAAACCCGGGUUUGGAUGACCUGGGGUUCGGAUCCGGAUUCUGUGGUCAUUGAGCGUUUAUAAGUCCAAGCUCUACACCAGUCGUUCUGUCGCUAUGUGACUGCCUACGAGGGCUCUGGACGGCGCAACGAGACGGCCGUGUCUUAAAAACCUGAUCGGUGAACACCUAUCCCCCGAUAUUUAAUAUUUCCGAUCGCAACCGACAGGACAGCGGGCCCGCGACUCAAUGUUAGCACGAGUUGGAAUCCCAGGUUAUCCAGACCGGGGGGGCUAGGGUAUGGCUGACUAACGACGACCGAUAAAAGUAGUUUUAAAACCGAAUCCACUUCUCCGUCGGAAAACUGAACAGGCCGAUGUAUAUGUUUAUUAUUUUAUAAUUUAUUUAUAUUUGUUAUGUUAGGACCGUCCCCUAACGUCAUGCCUUUCUUAUCAUCCGCAGUAGCAUUUUAACUUUCGGAAUGUGUGCUUGGCAUUUCGGAUCAAAAGUGGUUGCUGGUCGUUUUUUCUGCCUAAAUAUGGUGAACAGUAUUCUGCCCAGCGUUUUCUCAUAUAAGCUGACUUUUCCAACUAGAUGAUAGAUAACAGGUUGUUAGUGUAUCUGUAUUCCGACUUGCGUGAUAUCCACGAAUUGCGAACAGGUACCCCGUGAGGCCUAACGCACAUUGCCGUUCCAAGCAGUCGUGUGGGGCGAGGUCAAUAUCAACAGUCCUGGGUGUCUGAAUAGUGACGAGUUGGCCUGUUACACCGCCCUGUGAAUCUCUAGGCUAAUGACGGUGAUUAUUACUGUGAACCGUAAGUCCACGCCCUUAUUUACGAGCACUAUGCCAAAUGAUUGGAAGUUGUGGUAGGAUAGCUUUCUUUCAGACACAGUUGUAGCCACCCCGCCUUGGUAAAACGUAAAAGUAAACUACUGUGGACACUCUUUCGGCGCGCAAUUUGUGAAUCUGUUCUCCCGACGCCGGGGCAUCUCCCACAAAAACCGGGGGAAUAUUCGACCGCUAGAACACAGCGUUUACUCUUCUGACAUUUUCACUGAAGACAGUCGCGGGUAACGGACGGGCAAACAAUCAUUAUCGCACAAAUUACAGCCCCCAGUAAUGCAUACAGCGGCUCCUAAUUUGGACAGCCACGCGGUCUCAUGACAUCUGUGUCUUAUGCGUCCUGCAUCUCCUGUGCGCUCAUCACCGUUAUCUGCGACUGUCUCCGAUGAUGGCUUCGAGUAAGAAUCCGAAACUUUAGGCCAAUAAACUUCAUGUUUCAGCGAUCACAUCUUCAUCUUCCGAGCUGCUUCCUGGAACUCGCCUCUUGGCUUCUAUGCGCCGUCUUCUCUUGCCCAGUCCAAGGCCACCACAUUGAGCAUUUAGUAAUUACCACCACUUUUACUAAUUAUAUCGAGUAAAUAAUGCGGGAAAACUGGAGAUAUCACAUUUCGUUCUGCUUAGGAAAGUGCCGUUUUUUACAAGUUUGCACUAGGAUGCGCGAAAGUUGAAAGGUUUUCAGAAACAGCUUCCGACCACUUUAAUAUAAAGGCUUGCAUCCCUUCUCUGCCAUUUUGAAUUUCUAAACACGCAAUUUGUUUUUCUUUCCAUUAGGUAUGUGGCCACAGGCUCGUAUGGCAACGUUCUGCGUAUCUUUGAUCGGGCCAACGGUUCCGACUGGAUGUAUGACCUCGGCGAGUCGAACCUGUUGCCGGCCUAUCCGGGCAUCGGUCCAAGUGGCCUGCGUCCCCGUAGGACUCGCCUCCGACCCAAACAGUUCAUCGCUCCCGACAGCCAGCUGGGCUCUGAUAUGGGCUUGACAUCUGUCUUUCUAGCACAUGCCAACUCCCUCGAAUCCGCUGUGGUCGGUGAUCGUUCCCCGGAGGGUGGCAAACACUCCUCCAGUCCUCAUCGUCGCAGACUCCUUGAACGCCAGUCGCGCACAACCGCAGCGCCGCGCACUCUGCCCGCAGGCUCGAAGCGACGGAAACAGGCUCUGCCCUCACGCAGCAAGGUUGUUGUUGACCUCGUUUCUGGCAGUAGUGUGGCCGCCGGAAAGUCUUUCAACAGGGAUGACGAUGAGGAGGAGGAAGAGGAUGCGGUGGAGGAAGAGGAGGAGGUAGAUGAGGAAGAAGACGAGGAGAGUACGCAGGAGGUGGACGACGACGCCUUGCAGGGUGAAAGGGAAGCCGGGGAGGGACCAAAUGGGGACAGCGAGCAUAUAAAUGGCUCCUCGCCGUUCCUCGAGGAAGAAGAGGGAGAGACCACAGACGACAGCCAGGACAAGCACUACCCUGAGGACUCCAAUCCCACUCCCACUGGGUUGCGACAGCUAGACUUUCAACGGAAGUUUAUGCAGAUCACCUGGCACCCUCAACGUCGCCUAAUUGUUUCCGCUUGUGGCAACCAACUCUUCCUCUGCUGUGGCAAACAGAUCUUCCCUCCCCCACCGUCGCCCGAACACUGUUCACCACCGCCCUCCUUGGACAGGGUCAACAGCGAGGACGCGGCCGGGGUAGGCAGUCCGCUCGACGUGAAGGCUGCCAAGCGUAGACGCCGACGAAAAGGCACCGCGGAAGCCGUCGUCUGUCACCUCUCUCCGCUGCCGCUCACGACCCCACGUGAGGCACCGAGUGAGCCGCCGGGAGAUACCAUCGAUGGUUGUGCUGGUGGUGGUGGCGGUGGGGCCAAUGUCACUGUGGUUCCCGAGUUCUCUACCAUUUGUAAGAGCGUUACGUCGAGGAGUGAUCACGAAGACCACCCUGACUUUGCGGCCUCCGCUCCUGACACCAGCCCCACUUUCCUCGCGAAUCUCAAAGCUACAGCUUUGAAUCAGGUCGAGGCAGCCGGCGGUUCUUCAGUUCAGGAGAUUGGCGGUGAUAUAGAGAUGGAGUAA